AUGCCAGAAUCACAACUUUAUAUUCAUGAUUUAAAAGACUUUUCGAGACAUGAUAGGGAUAGGGUCGCUAGAAGAUCUACAGCGGUAAAGUCAGCACCAAAAAUAGGGAAUCCAACACCACUUGGUCUUUCCGCUUUUGCUAUGUCAACUUUUGUCGCUUCUUUUUAUAGUCUAGGAAUUUUCGGAGUUUCUGUGCCAAAUGUUUUAAUCGGUGUUGCAUUCUUCACUGGUGGUGUUGUUCAAUUUGCUUCCGGAAUGUGGGAAUUUAAAGUUGGUAACACUUUUGGGGGUACCGGAUUCUCUGCUUUUGGUGGUUUCUGGGCGUCUUUAGGUGCUAUUUAUAUGCCAGCAUUUGGUAUUCAACAAGCUUAUGGAUUCAUACCCGUUCCUACAAAUGCCGUGUUAGAUUCAAUUGGCUUAUGCAAAACCAAUUGUAAUUACACUGAGUCGAGUGUCACGUUCAUUUUCACAUUGGCUUGUCUUCGUACCAAUGCUGGAGUCUUGGGAGCUUUUGUUUCUUUAACUGUAGCAUUCUUGGCUGAUACUAUUUAUCAUCUUACUCCAACUAAUACUAUAUUUCUUAAAGUUGGUGGUGUUUUCGAAUUGAUCACUUCCGCCAUAGUCUUUUACUGUCUAGCUGCGGUAUUACUAACACCUGAUCUCUCACCAGUCAGUCUUCCUUUGUAUGAUUUGAGCAAAAAAGAUUAG